UAUCCAUUUGCUUUCUUGGGCAUCUCAUUCCUCAUAACAAACUCCCUUCUUCCUCCCCCUCCUCCUUUCCUGAGACCACAUUUCUCGUUAAGCCUUUUUCUUUUUCUACUUUCUUCUCAUUGAUAGCAGCUCCGAUGGAUUAGUAUAUAUACAUAGAUAAUGCGUCUUUUGAAGAUCGUGCGCAGCUUCCAUCUUUCUUGCCUGCAAAGCAAAAGCAUAUCGUUGGACGCUUCUGGUGCUUCCCUUCCUACCUCUUUCACAUUCAGGCCGUUGGCGUCUUCCUUGUUUGAGGUUCAAAGAUGAACGCUUUAGCUGCCACAAGUAGGAAUUUCAAGAGGGCAUCCCGUCUCCUGGGGCUGGAUUCGAAGCUAGAAAGGAGUCUACUCAUCCCUUUCAGAGAGAUCAAGGUUGAAUGUACUAUUCCCAAGGAUGAUGGCACAUUGGCAUCCUAUGUCGGUUUCAGGGUGCAGCAUGAUAACGCUAGAGGACCCAUGAAAGGAGGAAUAAGAUACCAUCCAGAGGUUGAUCCAGAUGAAGUGAAUGCUCUAGCACAGCUGAUGACAUGGAAGACUGCAGUCGCAAACAUACCAUACGGAGGAGCGAAAGGUGGUAUAGGCUGUGAUCCAGGUGAACUGAGUGUCGCAGAGUUGGAGCGUCUCACGCGGGUAUUCACUCAGAAGAUACAUGAUCUAAUUGGGAUCCACACGGAUGUUCCUGCACCUGAUAUGGGAACCAAUGCGCAGACAAUGGCCUGGAUUCUAGAUGAAUACUCGAAAUUUCAUGGCUACUCUCCUGCCGUUGUAACUGGAAAGCCUGUUGAUCUUGGAGGCUCUUUAGGUAGAGAAGCAGCUACAGGAAGAGGGGUUCUCUUUGCUACCGAGGCACUACUUGCUGAGCAUGGCAAAAAGAUUGCAGAUCAACGAUUUGUGAUACAGGGAUUUGGAAAUGUUGGAUCAUGGGCUGCACAACUCAUUAGUGAAAAAGGAGGUAAAGUGGUUGCAGUAAGUGAUAUAAGUGGUGCCAUAAAGAACAACAGUGGUCUUGAUAUCCCAAGACUUCUGAAACAUGCUAAAGAGCAUCGUGGAGUAAAAGGCUUUGAUGGGGGAGAUUCUGUGGAUCCCAGGACGUUGUUGGUGGAAGAUUGUGAUGUUCUCAUUCCAGCUGCGCUUGGGGGUGUUAUUAACAGGGAAAAUGCUAAUGAUAUCAAGGCCAAGUUCAUUAUUGAAGCUGCUAACCAUCCAACUGAUCCAGAGGCUGAUGAGAUCUUAGCGAAAAAAGGUGUCAUCAUUCUGCCUGACAUUUUUGCGAACUCUGGUGGAGUUACCGUGAGUUACUUUGAGUGGGUUCAGAAUAUUCAAGGAUUUAUGUGGGAUGAAGAGAAGGUAAACUGUGAACUGAAGAACUACAUGACAAAAGGUUUUAACCAUAUAAAGGAGAUGUGCAAGACCCACAAUUGUGAUCUUCGCAUGGGAGCGUUUACCCUUGGAGUUAACCGCGUUGCUCGAGCAACUGUUCUCCGAGGUUGGGAGGCUUGAGAAAAAGUUGCAGCUCUCUCUCCCUCUCUUUCUCUCUCUCUCCCUCCUGUUUCUUUGCAUUGUAGCUUGUCUGAGGCACACCGAACUACUGAGCCUUUUGCUUGAAAAAUUGCAAUGGCAUGAGAAAUAAAUCUGCUUUAUUUUGUA